CUUUCCCAUGACGUGGAUUCUCGAGGCUCCUGAACCUCCUCGCGCUCUCUCUCUCUCCCAGUGUACCGGGUGUCCUCAGGCGAGACGGUCGCGCUUUUAUCCCGUCCUGUCUCGCGCACCCGCUCGUGCGCGUUAAUCACGAAGAACACGAGCCACGCCACCCAGCGCGAUCGUCGGGCGAAUGCGUGACAUCCUCGCGGUCACCGCGGUGAAGAGACCCGAGCCGAUUUUCCCGAAGAUCUCCCGAAGGUUGCCGAGGAUCGUCGUGCCGAACCGCGCCGAGUCUUUCCCGGAUCUGACGAUCUGCGCGAGCUGCUCGUCGAACGAGCAACUCGAGCGACCAGAAAGUGCGUGCAUGCUGAGUUCCGUGCAAUCGACGUUCCGUGAAUCAUCAAGGAUCGCCCCGCGGGUCCUUAUGGUAACCGGAGGACAGGGUAGACAUCUGCCCAGCGAGUUCCAGGGGCUAAAGGGCUGGCGGCGUCGUUGGAUUCACUCGACCACCACUUACAUCUAGAGAGGCAAUGGCCAGCAGGCCGUCGGACGAGAAUGGCCUGCGCGAGAUUGAAGCGGAAUGUGACGACAAUCGCAGAAACGGCGAGAAUAAUCACAAUAAUAACAAUCGCUACGACGGUUGCCCCGUGAGCGCCGCUGAGAAGGGAAAUGCAAGGAGAAGCCAGAGCAAUCAUCAUCAGCCGCGCAAGGCACCGUUGGUCGGAUGGCGAAAUGGAAGUCCCACGAUUUGCUCAAGUUCCGAUUGCAGAAGCGUCGAUGUCCUGGACGACAUCAGUUCGAGGCGUUCCAGCGUACCUCGAACCAGCCCCGAUUCGAUGGGGGACGCGAUUGAACCCUUCAAACCGACCCAGCCAGCCCAACUGAACCGUCCAACAAACAGUCCAAGUCAAAUCGAGAAAGUUCUUUGCGAAGAGUAUUUACAGCCGGAGACGACGGCGGAUCAGCGAGUUGGAGACUCCAUCGGCGAUAGAUCGGACGAUCUAUCGAGCUCCACUUCAAAAGAGAAGAGGCGCAAGAAGCCUAAAGUACCCGAUGGCGGUUGGGGCUGGGUGGUCGUCCUGGCCUCACUGGUCAUCUCCAUGGUGGCCGACGGCGUAUCUUUCAGCUUUGGUUUACUCUACAUCGAGUUCUUGCACGAGUUUGGCGCCUCCAAGUCCAGGACCGCCUGGAUCGGCUCACUGUUCAUGGCGGUGCCGCUUCUGUCCGGUCCGAUCAUGUCCGCCCUCGUAGAUCGUUACGGAUGUAGGAAGAUGACCAUCGCCGGCGGCCUGAUAUCCGGACUGGGCUUCAUUCUAAGUACCUUCUGCAACACCAUCGAGCUGAUGUAUUUGACGUUCGGCCUGAUCGCGGGCCUUGGUUUAGGUCUGUGCUACGUCACCGCGGUGGUCAGCAUCGCUUUCUGGUUCGACAAAAAACGUACGCUGGCGGUAGGCCUCGGCGCGUGCGGCACCGGCAUCGGCACCUUCGUCUACGCCCCGAUGACAGCGUACUUCAUCAGAGAGUACGGCUGGCGCGGCGCUUGUCUGCUGCUCGCCGGCACGUUCUUCAACAUGAUUGUCGCGGGCGCCGUAAUGAGAGACCCGGAAUGGUGGAUACUGGAACAGCGCAAACAAGAACAAGCGACCGUACGGAAGUCGAAUGCCCGGUCGGACGUUGCGAAAUCCGACGGGAAUUCACCCGACGAGUUUCCGGACAUCGAAGAGCUCAGAAGACUGCUACGGAGCGAACCCGCACCUGAAUACUUCCUCCCGAAUCUGAGCACGAUUACCGAGACUGUCGAUGACGCGAAGAAACAAACAACAUUCAGAAGCGUCGUCAAUCUGCCGACCUUCGUAAAACGAAGCGAGAAGGUGCCUUUAGAAGUGCUGAAAUCCUGCGACUCCAGGCUUUAUACCAUCAUCCUAGAGAAUUAUCCUAGCCUUCUGUUGUGCAGAAGCUUGUCUGACAAACAGCUACAAGACUCGUCGGGGGAGAUUUGCAAUAAAAGCGGCAUCACUAUGCCAAUGAGACUGAAACGAGCGACAGAAUCAAAAGUGAUCGACGAGAGACGAAAGGAUAUCUGCACGAUUCAUGUUUCGGCGAAACCUGUGUGCGUUCAAAAAAUGUCCAAGAAGGAUAUGGACGAAACCAACCCUCUGUUGGCCAGGGAUGUUCCGCACGCGAUUGCACCGCAGGAGAGGAAGAAAUCUGUAUCGAAGCGUUAUCAGAGCGAAGCCCCCGCCAAUGUUGUUCGGACGGAUUCAUUACCUUGGCUGAGACGACAAUUCAGUACCAACACGCACUACUUCAAAGACAUCAGAGUGCACAGGAACUCCGUCAUGUAUCGCGGCGCUUCCUUGAAUUUACGCAAGUACAGGCUGAGGGCGAGCAGUUGUCCCAAUAUCUACACAAACAGUAUGAUCACAUUGGCUAAGGAGAACGAACAGAAAUGGUAUGAUGAGUUGCUGGACUUGCUGAAAGGCAUGUUGGAUUUUUCCAUGUUCCUCGAGUUACACUUUUUGCUGAUGUCGCUGUCGACAAUUCUGCUAUUCACCUGGUUUAUCGUACCCUACUUCUACCUCGCGGAACAUCUCACUAGGAACGGUUAUGCCGAAUCCGACGCCGCUAAUCUUCUCAGUAUCAUCGGCAUCACUAACACCAUCGGAAUGAUCGUUUUAGGCUGGGCUGGCGAUCAACCAUGGAUGAACGUCAGCAAGACUUACACCUGGUGUCUGAUAGCCUGCGGAGGCGCCACAAUGCUGAUGUCCACGUUCACGCACCAUUACCUAUACCUGAUGAUAAGCUCGGCAGCUUUCGGUCUUUUCUUCGCUAGCAGCUUUAGCUUCACUCCAGCUAUACUGGUGGAAUUGAUCCCACUGGAGAGAUUUACCACUGCUUACGGUCUCACGUUGCUAUGCCAAGGAAUCGGCAAUCUUGUCGGACCUCCGCUGGCUGGAUGGUUCUUCGACAUGACGGGUUCCUGGGAGCUCUCGUUUCUCACGGCUGGCGGUUGGAUCAUCGUCUCUGGCAUCUUCAUGGGUAUCAUACCAUACACAAGGAAUCGAAGGAUUUUCGGUAACGGACCGGUUGAAAUGGAACGAUCAAACGGCGAUGAUUCCUUAACAUAGGUCGGGUUGAAUGCUGAUUUGUACUUUUAAUCUGUUAACGAUCUAUUAAUAUCGCAAUUUGGGAUACAACUUUCGAAUGAAUGAAAAUUAAGUAACAAUAACGUGCAUUUUUGGAAAAGAAUCAUCAUGUUCUGAUAUCUAGGCCAAUUAAAAUCCACAAAGAUAAAAAUAAUUUUCACUCGAUUCAUACGAGAAAAGUGAAAGAGAAAAGAAAAGGAAAAAAAUAACACAAAUUAGAUUUUAUAAAAAAUCUUUAUUACAUAAAUGGUCUUUAAUGGAUUAAACACGCGCAAGUAUUGAUGUCGAAGUUAGAAUAGAACCGUUAUUCAUCUACUCAGGAAAAUUUUGAUCUAACGUAUGAAUCUCACAUCCGUACUAACGUCAAAUGAGCAAUGCGAUAGCCGCCGUGUAACAAAAUUUUCGAGUGUCGUAUUUAAAAAAAAAGCAAAAGUGUCUUAUACGCAUCAGCGUACUGUUUAGAAUAUUUCCUUUGCACUUAAGUUGUUUGUGCCUCUGAUAGUCCUCUGCUUAAAUGAGGAAAGAAGUUAACGUAGAACAUUGAUAUAUACAUAGAAAUUUCUUUCUACUUAAAGUGCGCUUUUUGCGAAUAUCUGCCAUAUGCAACAGAUUCGCAUAUGGCAGAUUUAAUUUUAAUUGAAUUGAAUUGAACGAAAGUAGUAAUGAAAUUAGAAUUCCCUGUUAGCACAAAGGGCCUUAUUAUAAAGCAGGAUUAAAUAGUUGAAAAAUAUAUUUUAUCACGAGAAAUUUCGCGUUGGAAAAAUUUAUUUCCACGAGAGAUUAAAAUGUAUACAUCUAUACGUUUUACUAGCGAAUCAACGUCAACGAUGUAUAAACAGAAGCUUACAAUGAAAUAUUUUAAGUAUUAAGCGAUCCAACGUAACAUCUCCGCCGUAGAUAUUAUAAAUGAUUGUUCUUAUGCACAUUGUUUAUUUGUGAUAAUUCUUUGUCAAAAAUGUUUCCACUUUGAAUUGGCGUUGACGUUAUCAAUCCAAAGAUUAGAUAAGUAGUUAAUUAAAUAUGUUACGUUAAUAAUAUAUAUUAACAUUUACUAGAAAAAAAGUGUGUAAGCGUUUUUGAUGAAACGUGCAAUUUUACAAGGAACAUGUCAGUCAGAAAUUGUUGAAUUAUCUAGUUCGGUUUAAUUUAAUUAUUCAAUCGUUACUACAGUCGUAUAGUGAUACGACCGUAGCGUUAAAUAUCAGUUAUACGAUAGUAUGAAGAUGUAAACGCGUCCCAUUCUACGACGCGAGUGUGUCUAAUUUCAAACUUCAAUAUUAUUCAGGUACUUGUCUAAAGAACUAGGUGACGUAAGUUCUUAUGUGACAUAAGGAUGUAUAAGAACGUAGAAUCGUUAUUUAAAAGGAGUGGCCUAACGCCGUCAAUCCCGUUUGCCGAGCAUACAACUAUAUGUAUCCCUUUUGAGAGAAAUAUAAAGCUAUCAAGUAUC